AUGCUAUGGCGAGACCUGAGGGCACUUCAGAUCUACGGAGCUAACACAAAUGUCGGCAAGUCAAUUGUCUCUACCCUUCUUUGCAAAGCUUUCAAGAGGAAAUCGCCCACGAGUGGUGUGUUGUAUCUGAAGCCAAUUUCCACUGGGCCAGUUGAAGAUGCUGAUACCAGACACAUUUCUCGAUUUGCUCCUGGGGUCAAAUCAGAAAAUCUGUACCAGUUUCAAGAGCCCGUCAGUCCACAUCUUGCCGCACGAUCAGCUCCAAACCCAAGCAAUGGCUGCCAUGAUAAUUCUGACAUUGGAGAUGUCUCAAUCGUAGAGAAGGUGAAAUCAUGGAUUGAAAGGUCAGCCAGAGAUGGUUUCCGGUAUGCUGUACUUGAGACAGCUGGUGGAUCGUUAUCUCCUGCCCCAUCAGGGACACUUCAAGCAGAUCUCUACCGGCCAUUGAGGUUGCCGGUCUGUCUUGUUGGUGAUCACAGGUUAGGUGGAAUAGGAUCUACCAUAUCUGCCUUCGAAUCUCUACAUCUCCGUGGAUACGAUGUUGAUUCGGUCAUUCUCUUCCACGACAAGGUCUACGGAAAUUAUGAGUUUCUACGAGACCAUUUCAGAAGCCAUGGCAUCAGAACAUUUGCGCUGCCUCAGCCACCAGCACGACAGAAAGAAGCACAGGACGACGAAGAUUUGAUGAACGAAUAUUACCGUAGCGUUUCAAAUAGUACCUCUAUAACAGAAAUAAUCGAUUUGGUAGAUCACAAGCACUACUUCCGGGUGUCGAAUCUGUCAUCUAUGCCGGCACUAGCAGAAUCCAUCAUCUGGCACCCUUUUAGGCAGCAUGGCAUUUCUCAAAAUAUCCUAGCCAUUGACUCAGCUUACGGAGACUUCUUCCAGGGACUCAAUCCGAAAUCGGUUUCCAGCUUGAACGACAGUGCUCCUCAUCAAAAAUCAGGAAUUGCAUCGAUCCGACAGGGGCCUGAAGAGCCAAUCCUCGAACCACUGUUCGACGGUUCAGCAUCUUGGUGGACGCAAGGACUUGGACAUGGGAGUCCGGAUCUUGCUCUUACUGCUGCUCAUGCCGCUGGUCGAUAUGGACAUGUCAUGUUUGCCUCUGCUGCUCAUGCUCCAGCUCUGGAAUUGUCGUCGAAGUUGCUCUCCAUGCUAGCCAAUCCCCGUUUGAGCCGCGUUUUCUUCUCUGAUAAUGGUAGUACCGGGAUAGAAGUCGCACUAAAAAUGGCUUUGCGCGCUGCAUCCAAGAGAUAUGGUUGGAGUCGAGACGACGAACCGAUUGGUGUGCUCGGUUUCAAAGGAAGCUAUCACGGAGACUGCAUCGCUACCAUGAAUUGUAGUGAGCCUAGCACCUACAACGAAGCUGUCAACUGGUAUCAGCCAUGGGGAUGGUGGUUUGACCCUCCUUCCUUGAAGAUGCGCAACGGAGUAUGGGAGCUGCAGGUCCCCCAAGAAAUGGGCAUAAGAACAACGUUUCAGUUCCAGAGCCUCGAGCAUAUCUUCGACUAUGAUACUCGAACCCAUCGGGGCCACUCGGAGAUUUACGAGCAAUUCAUCAUGUCUACUUUGAGGCGCUUGAUCGUCGAUGAAGGGCGCAAAUUUGGUGCAUUGAUUUGUGAGCCUAUUCUGUUGGGUGCAGGAGGCAUGAUUUUUGUGGAUCCUCUCUUCCAGCGCACACUCCUCAAAGUAAUUCGUGGGAACCCAGCACUCUUUGCUGGGGCCUCAGGCUCUACACACUCAGCUUCGACCUCCAUGGAAAAGUCGCUCGAUUGGUCCGGCCUUCCUAUAAUCGCCGACGAAGUCUUCACUGGCCUCUACCGUCUCGGCCGUGCAUCGUCAUCCUCUUUCCUAUCCAAGUCGCAGAACACUCACGUAGUAGAUGAAGAUAUUGCUCCAGACAUCUCUGUACAUGCCAAGCUGCUCACUGGAGGUCUUCUUCCGCUUGCGAUCACUACAGCGAGCGAGUCCAUCUUCAACGUGUUCCUCAGUGACAAGAAACAAGACGCUUUGCUUCAUGGUCACAGCUACACAGCGCACGCUGUUGGCUGCUCUGUUGGCGCAAAAAGUCUGGCCAUGCUGAGCGAACUGGAGAAGAAUGGUGCUUGGCAGGGCUAUCAGAAUGGCUGGCGGGCUUCAACGGCAUACAACCCUUCAGAGUCGGAGAAAGGCGUGCACUUCUGGUCAUUCUGGAAUCAAGUCUCUGUGAAGCGUCUGUCGGAGAGUAACAAGGUGGAUGGUGUGUUUGCCCUGGGGUCUGUCUUGGCAAUAUAUCUGAAGACGGAAGAUGGUCAGAGCGGAUAUACAUCUAAUGCGGCAGCAGAUCUGCAGAGCACGUUGUUUGGUAUUUCAGAUGGAGGUUUCGUUGUGCACUCACGUGUGCUGGGCAAUGUGCUCUACCUCAUGGCGAGCAUGACUUCAAACCAGGAGAGUCUUGCUGCGAUUGAGAAGACCCUCAUGAGGGCUCUGCGCUGA